UUCUCCGAGCGGUCGACGAUUUGAACAAAUUGUCAUCCUCCGCGUACACGCCAAUCGUCAUCACGAUUCCCCCAAAAUUCUCAAAAUUCAAUAGAGCCUUCUCCAUCUCAGCUUCAAUCUUCACGCACCUCGGUCCAGUACUUCCUCCAUUUGAAGUUUCCACCAUGAACCCUAACCCCAACCCCAACCCCAACCCCAGCCCAAACCCUAACCCUUAUCCUAAUCAUCCGUCAGAUCAUCCCCAUUCUUCCGAGUACGCUCCGUACCCAAAGCUUGAUCCAAACGACGUCGCUCCUGUAUCUGAGACGUGGACUUCGGUUCCUGUUGGAUCGAAUCCUCCAUCUCAGCAGCCGCCACAACCACAGCCUCAACAACAACCAAGGUCACCUUCUGCAUCGGAAGGACCUGCGCCUAUCUCAAGCAGCGUUGCGACUACUAUGCCUGUUGAGUCUAAUCCCUAUGUUACUCCCGAGCCUGCUCAACCCCUUGGUUCUUCUGUCAAGAAUAAAAUGGAUUCAGUUAAGGAUGUUCUUGGAAAGUGGGGAAAGAAGGCUGCAGAGGCGACUAAGAAGGCUGAGGAUCUUGCCGGAAAUAUGUGGCAACACUUGAAAACAAGCCCCAGUUUGGCUGAUGCCGCUAUGGGAAGAAUUGCUCAAGGUACAAAGGUCUUGGCUGAGGGCGGUUAUGAGAAAGUGUUCCAACAAACAUUUGAGACUGUCCCCGAGGAAAAGCUUUUGAAGUCAUAUGCAUGCUACUUAUCUACUUCUGCUGGUCCAGUCAUGGGAGUUCUGUAUCUAUCCACUGCUAAACUAGCAUUUUGUAGUGAUAAUCCUCUUUCCUACAAAGUAGGUGAUCGGACAGAAUAUAGCUACUACAAGGUGGUUCUCCCAAUAAAUCAACUCAAAGCCAUUAGUCCGUCAAGUAGUAAGAUCAAUCCAGCUGAAAAGUACAUCCAGAUUAUCUCAGUUGACAAUCACGAGUUUUGGUUUAUGGGUUUUGUUAACUAUGACAGUGCUGUCAAGAAUUUGCAAGGUGCAUUGCUGGGUCAUCAUUCGUAGCUAGCGUGUCAUUUUCUUGGUCAUUUCAGGUCCGUGACACUGGUGCUUGCUAUUGUUGUAGAUAAAAUUCUGUAAAAUAUGCACAUCUGGGUGAUUGAUUGUUGUAUACAUGCUAAUUUAUCAGCGGUUUGGUAUCUUGUGUACAUCUGUUUCCUGAAUUUUUUAUUACUAUCUUUUAUGAUGUUUUUUAUCAUUGAGAAAAGACAUUAGUGGAUUUGAUAAACAUAUAUGUAUUGUUUUUAAAUGGACUCCAUAGGAGACUGAAUAAAGUUAUUCUUUGUUGAAUUGAUUUGUUUGUUUGAUGUA